GCGGUGCGCGGGGUACGGUGGGCGCUGGGCGGGCGCUGGGCGCGCAAGGUGCGCGGGUCCGGUUAUGAAGCUUGGCCGGGCCGCUCUGGCCCUGCUGCUGCUGGCGCCGUGCGUGGUUCGUGCGGUGGAGCCCAUCAGCCUGAGUCUGGCCCUGGCCGGCGUACUCACCACCUAUAUCUCCUACCCUCGUCUCUACUGCCUCUUCGCCGAGUGCUGCGGCCAGAUGCGGAGCCUCAGCCGGGAGGCGCUGCAGAAAGAUCUGGAUAACAAGCUCUUUGGACAGCAUCUUGCAAAAAAAGUCAUCCUAAACGCCGUGUCUGGUUUCCUAAGCAACCCGAAGCCCAAGAAGCCCCUUACCCUCUCUCUGCACGGGUGGACGGGCACCGGCAAAAACUUCGCCAGCAAGAUCAUCGCGGAGAAUAUUUACGAGGGCGGACUGAACAGUGACUAUGUACACCUGUUUGUGGCCACGCUACACUUCCCCCACGCCUCUAACAUCACACAGUAUAAGGACCAGUUACAGAUGUGGAUCAGAGGCAACGUGAGCGCCUGUGCUCGCUCCAUCUUCAUCUUUGAUGAGAUGGACAAGAUGCAUGCCGGCCUCAUCGACGCCAUCAAGCCUUUCCUAGACUAUUACGAUGUGGUAGAUGAGGUCUCCUAUCAGAAAGCCAUCUUCAUCUUCCUCAGCAAUGCAGGGGCAGAGAGGAUCACAGACGUGGCUCUGGAUUUCUGGAAAAGUGGGAAGCAGAGGGAAGAAAUCAAGCUCAGAGACAUGGAGCCCGCCCUGGCCGUGUCGGUCUUCAAUAACAAGAACAGUGGCUUCUGGCACAGCAGCCUCAUUGACCGGAACCUCAUAGAUUAUUUUGUCCCCUUCCUGCCCCUGGAGUACAAGCACCUGAAAAUGUGCAUCAGAGUGGAGAUGCAGUCCCGAGGCUAUGAAGUAGAUGAGGACAUCAUCAGCAAGGUAGCGGAAGAGAUGACGUUCUUCCCCAAGGAGGAGAAGGUCUUCUCUGACAAGGGCUGCAAGACUGUGUUCACCAAGCUGGACUACUACCUGGAUGACUGAGGCCGGCUGCCAGGGCUGUGUCAGUCCGCUCCUCCCCAGAAGAGGCUUGGACACUUCCUGCUGAGGUUAGCGGGAGAAUCCUGUUUCUGCUCCUCAGAGCCUGCAGGUGACCGCGCUGUAGGGACCACAGAUGCAACAUGGACCUGAAGCUCCUGGAGCCUCCAGAGAUGAAAGCAGCUCCCAGCAUUCUGGACUUGUGAUUUUUUUAAAAUUAUGUUUUAAUUUCAGGUGUUUCUGUUUUGAGGCAGAACAAGUAAGUUUUACUGCAAAUGUGAUAACGUUUUAUUUAAAAUGGUUUUUAAUACUAUAAGAAGCUUUCAGCGGUGGCUUUGUGUGUCUUUUGAAACUGUUGGAUGACAUUACCAGUAUUUCUACUUCAGAAACCC